UUUAAAAGCAGGCAAAACAAGCAAACGUAGACUUCUCACUUCUGCUUGUGUUGCUCUACCAAGCUGUCGCUCACCGGGUUUCGUUUAUUAACCAUUUGAACGACGCUCAGGCGUGAAAAGUAGCACCGCAUUGCCAGUUUUGUCGGAGUUUGUAGAGAGGAAUAAACAGGACCGUCGACAUUUAAAUUGAGAGGCAAGUAAAGUGAACCCGGCUGUCCGGAAACGUCCUGAAACCCACGGGCCGAAGUGUUGGUGUGAUCACGAAGAAUGAGUCUUGCUGUGAUGAUCUUCGUCUGUGAUAUCGCGUUUGAUGAACUGGGGAUUGGUGUGGUUGAGAUUGCGGGUCAAGCGAGUUGACGAUAGGCAUGCUGGAAGAACCCAUCUGUAAUCGAACAUGGCCAUAGCCCGCGUCUCCAUGCUCUCUUUAUCACAGGCGACACAGCCCGAUUGUUCGUGGCGUCUCGUGGACUGUGGGCUGAAUUAGUUGAGUUCGAAGAAUGCUCGAGGUCGUAAGAGUUGCCUUCUCUGGAACGAGUCAAGCUGCCCACUCUCAUUUCGCGAUGGUGGCCAUGAGCCACAUCGUAAGAGGGGCCAUGGUUUGCCAUCGGCUGAAUGCUAUGCCUCAAUCAGGUGUGUACGCAACUAAUGCGGGCCGCAUACUCGGCCUCCUUUCCACAGUCACUAAGAAUUCUCAAUCGAGGCCAGUUCCUUUUCAGUUUGGAAAAAUUACCUGUGUAAGACAAGGUCCUGUUGAAAGAUCCAAAAUCUUCCGUCCAAAGUCAUACGAGGACAUCCAAUUGCUCUGUUGCAGCAGGACUAGAGCUUUGAGCACGGGGUCUGAAGGAGCCGCACUGCGGACCAACACGUGCGUAGAAGAAAAGGAAGUUUAUGAUUUCAAAGACAGUAAAAAUGUGAUCGAUGUGCUGGAAGAGAGGGGUCUGAUUGAUUCUAUUACGGGAGAUGGUAUUAGGCUUCACUGCUCCAAUCCUAUCCAAGCUCCUGCAAAAGUAUACUGCGGAUUUGAUCCAACUGCUGAAAGCCUCCAUCUUGGAAAUCUGCUUGGAAUAAUUGUGCUCGCCUGGUUCCAAAGAUGUGGCCACAUUCCCGUUGCUUUAAUGGGUGGCGCCACAGCUAGAGUCGGCGACCCAUCCGGAAAGUCUGUAGAGAGACCUGUCAUGUCCGAUGAAACCAUUGAAAGGAAUCUGCAGGGCAUUCAAACGAUUCUUGAAAAUAUUUUGAUGGCUCGUGGAGAUUCUGAAAAGAAUCCAGGGGAGUCUGGUUUUCACGCUCCUGUGAUAGUGAACAAUUAUGACUGGUGGAAAACCUUCGGUUUAUUAGACUUUCUACGAGACGUAGGGAAGUAUGCCAGAGUAGGAAGCAUGAUGGCCAAGGAAAGCGUGAAAAGGAGACUGAACUCAGAGGAUGGCAUGAGCUACACAGAGUUCACAUAUCAGCUCUUGCAGGGUUACGAUUUUCUGAAGAUGUUCAAAGAAGAUGGAAUAUCAGUGCAAAUUGGAGGCAGUGAUCAAUGGGGAAAUAUAACUGCAGGGACAGAGUUGAUACGGAAGGUGCUCCAGCAAGAUGGAGCGCAUGGACUUACCUGGCCACUUCUGCUCAAGUCAGACGGGACCAAAUUUGGGAAGUCAGAAGGUGGGGCAAUUUGGUUAGCUGCAUCUAUGCUAUCUCCCUACAAAUUUUAUCAAUAUCUCUUUGGCACUUCUGAUGCCGACGUAAUUAAGCUAUUGAAAGUGCUUACUUUUCUCGACCUGGAGGAGAUUCAGAGCAUAGAGACAGCUAUGAGGACCCCUGGGUAUGUUCCCAACACAGCUCAGAGGAGAUUGGCAGAGGAGGUGACUCGAUUUGUACAUGGGGAGCAAGCUCUUGCAGACGCCCAGAAAGCUACAGAUGCCCUUGCCCCUGGAGCCAGCACUACUCUCGAUGUGAAAGUCUUAGAAGCAAUUGCUCAAGACGUUCCUUCGUGUUCCAUUUCUCGAGCGGAGGUGGUGGGAUCUUCAUUAGUUGAUGUUUGUGUAAAAACGGAGCUACUAGCGAGUAAGGCAGCUGCCCGGCGGCUGAUAAAACAAGGUGGUUUAUACUUGAACAACGAGAAAGUGACCGAGGAUAGCAAAAGUUUAGAAGAAAUUGACCUUGUGGAUGGCAAGAUGAUCCUAUUGUCAGCGGGAAAGAAGAACAAGUUAGUCGUUAGAUUACAAUGAUUGACAAUCAGAGACUCCAGUUGUGACCAGGUAAAAAAAUCAUCUGAACUGUCUUUGAGCUACGUGUUCUCUCCUUUCCACUUUUUCUUCAUAAUUUUUUUUCUGUGGUUUCACGCGAAUCGGUGCGUUUCUUCGUUCCAUGACAUGGCAGCAAUACUUUGAGCUGUUGCUGUUGUAGGACUUAUUCAGGCAGAGACUAACCACAAAAGGCAUACUCAAUUGAGUAUGCCUUUUGUGGUUCAUAUAUAAGACACUGAGAUACAAACCUUGAUAUCAGGACAACCAAGUGUAGAGAACAUAACCAGGAUCUGUGUAUAUGGUCAUGACAAGUAAAUAACUGUACAAAGCGUUGUCUUCCAUGUAGUCUAGGUAAUGAGCAGGUCUUGAACGUUAUAUCGAGUCAGAGUUCCACUUAUCCACUUUUCUGGUAUGUUCUUAAUCGCUGCAUGUUAGACAAUCCAGCAAGAAGUGAACCCAUGCAGUCAACUGAUACAUUCAUGGAUAUUGUUCCGAAACGCUAGCAGGCAGGCCA